ACACACACACACACCGUCUUGACCUCAUACGGGCAGGACGUGUGACCUUGGCGCUCUCGAGCAGCCUCGGCCUACUUGUUGGCCUUCCCCGCCCCCUAGUGAUAGUGACCUCAGUUUGUUUUGUUUUUUUACUUUUCUGUUUUCAACUUUUAGCGUUUAGUUUGAGGCUCGAUCUGGUGGGAUUGUUGUUUUUGUGAACACUUGUAGCGAAUGCGUGUGAUACAUAAAGAAAAAUGAGUGCUUCAGUGCAAACAUACGAACGCAAUUACCUCCUGCGUCGUAGACGAGGAUCUGGGUACCCGCCACCCAACGUGAUACAGUGCCUUAAGUCCUUAAAACUAUUUCGAAACCGUGGAUCGAGAGGAGGCAAAAGUGUGGUGCGUCCCAUCAAGGUAGUGACCUCCAGUGCCAGAGACGACCGCAGGGUGGAGAAGAGGGAAUACAAACACUUUGAGGUGCCGAGAACGUGGUAUAGUCUUCCCUCACUCCUCUUAUUUAAUGCAACGUCUCUGGCCAACAAGAUGGACGAAGUGAUUGUGACGGUGAGAUCUACUUGUGCGGACAUUGUGGCGGUUACUGAGGCGUGGCAGAUUGUUCCUGAGGUGUGCACGAUGCAGGACUACCAGCUCUUCCAUCACCUCAGGUCAGGGCGCAGGGGGGGGGGAGUGGCCGUCUUCUGCCGCUCUGCCCUCAGCCCCUCACACCUCCCUGUCGAUAUUCCUGCCGGUGUGGAGGCCCUGUGGGUGAGAGUCACGCCCCCCUCCCAUCCCAACAACACGGCCUCCAUCAUAGUCUGCGUCGUGUACCACCCCCCACGAGCCGCCACUGCACAGUUGCUCACCGCUCACAUCAUCAACACUGCUGAUGCCCUGAGGGUGAGGUAUCCUGCUGCCAAGCUGGUCAUCUGUGGGGACUUUAACAGAUUAGAUAUCAACGAUAUCCUACACCAGCUACACCUCACCCAGGUCGUGGACUUCCCCACCCACCAGCAAGCCAUCCUCGACCUUAUCCUCACAGACCUGGGCCAGCAGUACUCGCCACCCAAGCCGCUGCCUCCCAUGGGACGGAGCACCCACCUCUCCAUACUGUGGUCACCCACACCCACCACCUCGACCCCCCGGUCAGCUGUCACCAGGACCCACCGCCCCAUGCCUGACUCAGCCAUGAGGGAGUUUGGGCAGUGGGUGACACAACACCCGUGGACCGAGGUGCUGGAUGAGGAGGACGUCCACUUAAAAUGGCAAAACUACGUCGCCACUACUACAGCAGCCUUCCACCACUACUUCCCAGCCAAGAGCGUCACAACGCACCCGUCUGAUGCUCCCUGGAUGACGCCCCGCAUUAAAAGACUCAUGCGUCAGCGGACCUGGGCGUUCCACUCCUGCCCGGUCCUUUACAGGAAACUAAGAAACAGAGUAAUCAGGGAGAUUAAGAAUGCAAAGGCAAGCUAUUACCCAGACAAGAUACACCACCUCAAGCUGACCAACAACAGACAGUGGUACGCUAAGAUCAAAGCUUUGUGUGGCUUACAAAAGCACACUUCAUCCCUUCCUUGCACCUCACACCUUCCUGCUAAUCUCGCGGCUCAGGAGAUGAACGAUCACUUUGCUGCUAUCUGUCAAACCUUUCCUCCCCUCCACACCACUCCGCUUCCUGCCUAUCUGCCCGCUCCCUCCCCUCCACACACUGUCCAGGCGAUGGAUGUUUUUAAGAGAAUACUUAAAUUUAAACCAAGAUCCACCACACCCACUGACCUUCCUAUAAAAAUUUACAAGGAAUUUGCUGUAGAGCUAGCAACACCGCUAUGCUCCAUAAUAAACGCCUCACUCUCCCAACACUCUUGCCCCGCGGACUGGAAGACAUCUUAUGUCACUCCCAUCCCCAAAACUUCCAGUCCUCAGUCACUCAAUGACCUCAGGCCAGUCUCUAUCACCCCCAUCCCUAGCCUUAUUUGUGAAGAUUUUGUAUAUGACUGGGCAUACACCAAAAUUUGUAACACCGUGGAUAUCAGACAAUUCGGAAAUAUUAAAGCCACCUCCACCUCACAUUACCUGACCAGCUUCCUUGAAUUCAUCCACAGCCACCUGGACAAGCGAAACACCUCUCUAGCUGUUGCUUUUGUCGACUUCAAAAAAGCCUUUGAUCUAGUUGAUCACACUGUUGUCAUCAGCAAGGCAGUAAGUCUGGGUCUCCCUCCUAAUCUGAUAGCGUGGCUAGCCGACUUCCUCACAGGGAGACGUCAGGCCGUUCGCUAUCAGGGCUCUGUCUCUAAUUUCCAACAGCUGACAUGUGGAGUCCCCCAGGGGACCAAGAUGGGUCCUCUAUGCUUCCUCCUCCUCAUCAACGACGCCCUCACCGACACCCCCCAUCGCUGGAAGUAUGUGGACGACUGCACCGUGGGCGUCCCAGUUUCCAACAAGAACCCGGACUACUCGCCACUGCAAGCAAUUCUGGAGCGACUGCAGACGUGGACAGAGGAGAGCAGGAUGACCAUCAACCACAGCAAAACUGUGGUGAUGCAUUUCUGUACCUCCUCUGUACCAGUGCCCCCUCCCCGGCUCACAGUGGGCCCUCACCCCCUCCAGGUGGUCCAAUGUGCCAAGCUUCUCGGAGUCACGGUGGACGACCAGCUGACCUGGAAGCAGCAUGUCGCCAGCACCGUGAGAUCAGCUACCUACAGGCUGUACAUGCUGCGCAGACUCAGGUCGCUGGGGACGCCGACAGAUGAGUUAAGGGGGGUGUACCUCACCUUCAUCCUCCCCAAACUCAUGUACGCCUCCCCAGCGUGGUCCUCCUCCCUCACACACACUCAACAGCUACAGCUAGAGAGUGUGCAGAAAAGGGCGUGCAGGGUCAUCCUUGGCCCUGCAUACACCACCUAUGAGGAAGCCCUGACCACCCUGAGUCUGUCCAGAAUAUCCACCAGGCACCGAGAGGCUCUGGAGAAGUUUGGGAAGGGACUACUGCAUCAUCCGCGUCUCAGAGACAUGCUGCCGCCCGACGCGCCUCGCCCUGUCCGUGCCACCAGACACCACAACAAAAUAACGCCCCUGAAGGCGCCGCGCACGGACCGGUACAGACUCAGUGCGAUUCCCACCAUGGUUACCUUCUUGUUGAUGUGCAAUCUUGCUAUGUGGGCGAUGAACACCUCUGAGACAUCACGAGCAGAUGCCCAUCCAGCACAGCUCAACUUGUAUGGAAUCUGGACCUGGACCAUCAUAUCAAUGCCACUGGCUUUGAUAUGUGUUUGAUAUGGCUUCUAUUGCUUUCAAGUGACCAUCUGCCUCUGUGAAAUAUGGAAGAUCUUACAAGCUCAAGCAUGAGUAUUAAGCAAGUUAUAGGAAUGCUAGUAUGAGUGUGGUGUGUCUGAAUUAGCUGUCAGAGUAUUGUAAAUAUUAUUACUUAGUCUUCCCAGUUAUGAAAUUAAGAACAGUUGUGAAGUUUGCUUUAAAACCCUUCAUUAACUUUGCCACAAAACACUUUUACAUGUUAUCAAAAGUGUGUAACUGUUAUGAUGUGUGCAUAUAUAUCAUUACUACAGAAGAAUCUGGAAUUUCCCCUCAGAUUACUUUAAUGAAUGAAGCUUGAGUUCACAGAUGUGUGGUUUGUCAAUUUCACCUGUAUUCUCUCCUCUAUGGCAGUCUGUUCUGGCAAAGUUUCAUUUGUCAAAAGCAUUACAGUUUGUAAAUGAUGUGUCUUCAUAUGCCUUCACUAGCAAUUAUGAAUUACAUUGUGGUCAUGGAUUUUGUUCUUUUAAUACAGUUGCCUCAAGAUAUUCUGAGCUUUACAAUGCUGUCUUUAGUACACUGCAAGAAAAUACAGAAAUUUCAUGUGGCAACAUUUAUUUUUAAAACAUUAUUUAUUACUUUUAAAAAUAGCAAUGUGGGGCUUCCUUAAUGCAAAUAGUCUUGCCCCAAAAAACUUGUGAUGUCAAACACUAACUUCUCUUAACACAGCACAACCAAAACCACUCAAAAUUAUACAUUAAUUUUUUUUAUAGAGCAACAUGUGUGGAAAGUGCUACCAGAAAUAUUUGCAUAACAAAUAUUUGGUUCUGGACCUUAGCACUUAUACAGUACUGCACUAACUUACACACAAGGUUAAUUAAUGAUGUAAUACUCAGGUGAAGCUGGAUUUUCAAAAGACUGAUCAAUAUUUUUUCCCAGAUGUCAUUUUUAUGCAGCUGACUGAAGGAGAAAACACUGCAAAGCUCACAGUAUUCUUCUUAAAUCUUACUAAAAUGUAUGCGCAUCACUUUCUGAUUUCACCCCAAUGGCACACAAACCAAAAUUCAUGGGUAUGGAGAUGGCUGGACUACUUCCUGUGGCCACCCCUGUUAUAUCUUAAUUUCCCACUGUCUUUCCUGUGUGCUGGUUAAGCUACUCACUGCUGAAGUCCCUGGAAACUAGGUAGAAUAAUUUAGAAUGACAUGGUUAAGUUAAUGCUGAUAAAAUCUCAUUUGUAAUAUUCAGGAAGAUUGAAUUAUUCUUCCUCUGUUGAAGCAAAUGAUAUAACAUUGACUAGAAGCUUUCACAAUAUUUAUAAGCUUUCUUGUAUCAGAGAUCUUUUGAAAAUCCAACCAUUAAUUUGUAAAUACUUGUAUAGUGUAGCUGGCAUGAGGGUUGCAGUCUUCAUUAUUUACUAGUGGACAAGCAACAAGUGAUGGUGUGGCUCUGAGCCACUGUAGUAGGGAUGUUAUGGUCAAACCUCCAUACAUUACUGUCUCUAUCCAGUAUGAGACCGGUGUUCAAGAAGCACAAGCAUGUGCUGAAUAACAAGAAGCCGGCGUGGCUCAAGAGGAAGAGUGAGUAGGACGAGAAAAAACAGAACAAAUAAAUCCCCUACACGUGUUGUCUCCAUUGACACAAGCCAUGAAAAGCUUGUCCAUCUCUGAGUGCUAAGGAGCAGUGUGUUCAACUGAUGAUGUGGAAACUUGAGACAGCCAAUCAUUUAAUGGACUUUAGUAGGUUUUGUCACCAGUCUUCUGUGUGUCACUCACUACAUUUUGAAAUUUUUACUUGUUCUAUUUAAU